CACAGAUGUGUGCGAGAGGAAGACAGCGCAGGUUUUAUAGCGAGAGCAGCGUUAGAGAGGGAGUCACCAACUGCUGAGGCACCAAAACACGAAAGAUGUCGUUUGCCAGGGACCAACUGUACAAAGGAUACUUGCGGCGCAAAAUGCCGAUCAUUUCGUCCACGGUUAAAGUGAGACAAAUAGUGGCCUAUCUGCCUUGCCUGACUGAUCACGACAGGGAAAACAUAGAGGCAAAAAGAGAGGUUUGCGGGAACUUUGACAGCAUGGUGCUUCUUCUGGACUGUCUGAAGAGGAGAGAAAACUGGCCAGAGCAAUUCAUCGAAGCAUUGGAGGCGUGCGAUCAUCCAACUUUAGCAGCUGAGAUUAGAGCAGAAUACAAUGCUUUGAGAGGCAUCAACAAUUCAACCCCCAGCUCCCCUCCAAUGACUGUCGUCAGGGCACACGUCCAUCCAGCGCCAUCUGCCAGUCAUCUGUCCCUCCCAGGGGGUGUUGGAAACAGUCAGGCUGCUGUUGCUCCACCAGCUGAAGCAUCAGCUCCUCCACAGCCAGCUGCCCAGGCCCCACCCCCUAUGGAAUUGCCUGUGACACCACCAGCCCAAGUUCCUGUGGCUGUAUCCUUACCUGAGCCUGUCCCUGAGCCUCCACAGUCAGCUCAGGUUGAAGUGGCCCCUCCUCCACCCACACCUCCACCUUCCCCUGAAAGCCCACACACUCGGGCAACUACAACCCCACCGCCUCACAAGACGAUUACCUUUCACCAGGAGCCAGUGGAAAACUCAGAAUCUGACAUCCUGGAUAUCUCUGGUGGUAAUGCUGUGAUCCCGAAUCAGGUGAGUGCAGGAAACAACAAAGCAUUGAUCAAGUCUGUGGCCACUCCUCAACCGCCCCAUCCUGUUGAACAGUAUCAAACAGACACUCCAUCCCGCCCUGACCCAGCAACCACCACAGAGGUCAGGCCAUCGCAGAGUCCCUCUCCAACUCAGAUAAACUCAGAUGUGACCGAUGGAUCCUCUUUCCCCAUGAUGACCCCAGAGAAGCCUCCAGUCCAGGACACCACCCCUCCUGUGGACAAAAAAUCUGCUGUUGUCCUGCAGCCUGAAGAGACUUCUGAACCUCCUGUUACACAGGUUGUUGAAAGCAGCCCACAGACAGAAACUGCAGCUACAACAUCUCCCCUACUUGGUGCUGCUGGGAUAGACCCCUCUCUCUCUGAUGAAAACACUCUGUGUCUUAGCAAACCUGAACAACUCCUCAGCUACUAUCCACAAAAUCAUAACCCUGCUAUCCCUGCACCCAGCUCACCGGUGGAGCCCUACUCGGGUAAUAGUGAGCGUCUGGAAUUUAGCAAUGCUCCCUCUACCGUCGUUCCUGCAUGCUCUGCUGUCAGCUCCACCAUCGUAAAUACAGUCUCUGCACUGCCAUGCCAGGAAAAUGGCAUUGCUCUUAGCCAUAACGAACCGGAGGAAAACCACUAUGACUCUCCUUGUCAGAGUUUGGAAAUGCAGGAGGUGCUGGAGAACGUGGUGCAUAUAUCCGAGGAGCCAUCUAUCCUUAACCUAGACGGCCAGAGCUCAGGCCAACAAGCUCAAAUCAUCAACGGGGAAGCAGCCAUAGAGAUCACCUCUGCACCACUGCUAUCCAGCAGCGCUGCUGAAACUAUAUCAAGUGUAAACACCUCCUCCAGUGAGAGCCACCACCCCUCUGAGCAUACACCUGCUGUUAUUUCACCAGAGUUGAAGACACUGCAGGAGGAGACGACCACCUCUCACACCCUGCCAGCUAAUACAAAGUAUAUUCUGACCGCUGCAGGAGUAGGCGCCUUUGCACUUCUGAUGGCAUGGAAGUUUAAGAAUUGAGGGGAUUUAAUAUCUUUUUAAAGGAAGAGGGGAUUAGGCUUUAAGGCUUUGGAGAGAGGAUCUGAAGGGUAUAGGGCCUUAUUGUAGUCACUGGCCUGGGAUGGUGUAAUAACAGAAGACUUGCCAGACCUAUGUUCAUGUCAUUAAUUACAAGUCUGUUUUUAAGUUGGACAAUAUUUUACUGGUGAGCAAAAAACAAAUCUACCCUUCUUUUUCUAGUUAGGAAAGUGAGUUGAGAUCUCAGGUUAUUUAAGCACUUGCUGCAAAUAUGCAGUUUGUAAAGGCUCCAAUGCUGUGUAUUAAUGAUGGCUGUCUGGCUGUCAUCCAGUGAUGAUUAGUGUACCAAAGACUUGACUUUUAGUGGAUGUGUCCUAGGGCUGAACAAAUAAUCAAAAUAUUAUCAAAUAUGGCCCAGGUGCAUUAUUCAAAUUGCAGGAAAUGCAAUUUUUUUUAAAGGUCAAAUGUGUCACAAGUUAACAACAUACCAUUAUAAAAGUUGUUGUGUCUCGGUAAAUAGUAUUGUUAAGAAUACAGUCUGGACCUACUCUAUAUAUUUAUUAUUAUAUGGAGCUAAAUAAAAGUGAAUUGAAUUCUCCAGACAUAAGGGAACAUACUUGUUUGGUACAUACCACAGCAAAAAUCUCAUCAUCAUAAUCCUGUUUAUAUUUUUUUCACUGAAAAGGAAUUUCAAAAAUUACCACUUCCACUAAAAUCAUGACUCAUAUUACAAUCACAGUAUCUGUCAGAAAUAAUAUCAAUGUGAUUGUUUUGCUAGUCGUUCAGCCCUAAUCUGGGCUGUGAAAGAAAGUACAGCAUCACACUUUUCUUUUAAUGUUGAUAGUGGGAAAUGGUGCUGUAAAAGAUUUCUAGUGCACUGUAUUUAUUUGUACAUAUAUGUAUAUACAAUAUAUAGACCUCUAAUAUGUAUUUUAAGGAAGGCUAAUGUGUCAAAAACACUCCCAGGCACCCAUAAUGGUUAUACAGCACUCACGGAAUCCGUAAGCUUUGCAAAUGUAUCUGGUUCAUAUUCUAGACAAGUUUCUAUCUAACUUUUUCACCAUGGGUGAUAAGGGUUUUUUUUCAUGGCGCCGUCCUGUUUCUUUGUGAGCCAGAAUGACAAGUGGCAACCUUAAGCUACUUUAUCAUGACCGGCAUGCUUAUUGCUGAUGUCUUCCGUUUUGAUGUUUCUAAAUGUAUGAUAAAAUGUAGCUGGUGUAAACAAAUAGUUUUUAUGCAAUGAGAUGAUGUUAAAAUGUACAAUAAAAAUUUAGAAAUUUGCUAAUCGUGCUGCACUUGGCAGGUCCUUAAGGCACCCACUUUAACUUAUUUUUCCCUAGGUUUUCUUCUCCUGAAAUAGAAGUUUGACAGUAUCAUGCAAAUAGCAUUGUCAAUACAAGAAAUGUCUGUGUAAAGUUUUUAUGCAAUGUCUUCAGCUAUGUACUUGGAGAAUUCACAAGUUUGUCGGCUAUAAAAUUGUGAUGUUUAUUCCAACUUUAUUGGACACACAGAACAAAUGUGACAGAACAGCCUUAAUAGGAAUCCAUUGCAUUAUUAUUAUUAUGUAAAGACUUAAUUGAAAAAAGUAAGUAAAAUAAAAAAUUAACAAUG